AUGAUUCUCCAAACUCUACAGCGUCAUCUUGAGCUUUCCGCCUUCCAAUUUGUUCAAAAAUGGCUUCUUCCACAAUCUUCGGCUGUUGGCUGGACAUGCCCUGAGGCGCUGGAGCUGCACAAGUUCUUCACAUUCUUAGCUAGAAACCGAUCGAAGAUCUCGUCCGAGCAAUGUCAUGAAAAUAUCACCACUGUUCAGAACUUGCGCCAUUCGAUCGCCGGCAUUCGCCACGCCGCUGUUAAUCGCUUGGCCCAAGACAGAGAUAUUCUGCUUGAGAUGGUUUAUUCCGCUAUCGAAUUCUGCCUUUGCAUCAGCAAAAGUCCUGGCGCAGAGAAGCUCUGUGGUCUCCUCCGAUUCCUACAGAAAACCCUUCCCAAGCCAAGCAUAAAGCAAAGGCAGCCACAGCAAACUACUCCGUUUCAAACUUCUUUGCCUAAAUCACCUCUCCGUGAACCACCGAACCACCGAUUGAUUACACUUCCGGACGUGAUCGGAAGACUCGUGAAAUGUAUCGAGAAGGACCUGAUUUCGGAGGUGGAACAAUUCUUGCAGAUUGAGUUCUCGUGA